AUGAGGGGUGUCAGGGUCCGUGGCGAUGACCAUGCUGGCUCCUCAUCUCGGCAAGGGACACACUUUGUACGUGGACAAUUGGUACAGCAGUCCCAUGCACUCGGAAAAGCACCAAGUGGUAUACGAAGAUAUUUUUUCCAUCUGAUCGACAUUGCUGUCCUCAACGGCAGCAUAGUUCACCGCCAACUAACAGGUAAAGUAAUUACCUACCAAAAAUACAGAGAGAACCUCAUGAGAGAGCUGCUGGAGGAGCACCACACCCCUCGGCGCCCAUCCACUGGGGGUCUUCCUGCUGUAGACAAUCCCCUACGCCUCACUGCACGGCAUUUUCCCUGCAAAGUCCCUCAAACUGCUUCUCAAGGUAGUCGCACACGGAGGCAUUGCAAAGUCUGCCUGUCUGGCGCCAGGAGAAGUAAGCAGAGGAAGAUGACAAAAUACAUGUGUUUAGCUUGUGAUACACCUCUUAUGUAUUUCACCAUGCUUUGAGGAAUAUCACAUGCUCAAGCAUUAUUGAGCACAUCUGCUGCAAUAAGUGACUGACUGACCUGACAGGUGACUUGACAAGUGACCAGCCAUGAUACUAUGCCUUUAGAGAUGGGGGUGGAAAUGCAGUUGUUGUUCAGUCACUGCAUGAAUAUUAAAUAUGGGUUAUGCAUAUUCAGUUUUUUGUCCUCUAGUAAAACAAGUUGUUGAACCAACUACCAAUACUGCAAUAAAAUAGAUGACUAUUA